UUUUUUGCCCCUUUCUUAUUUUGUUUUUCAGCCAGUUUUCGUUUUUGAACCCUAGCCCCUGUGAGAUAGACGAACAGAGAGGCGACAAUCUGGAAGAGAGAGGCAACGAACGGAGAGGGUCAGGGCGACAGAGGCAAGGUGAGGCCAGGAGACAAACAGAGAGGGCGACGAACGCGAGGUGGCGAUGAGGAUUAACAUGUCAAUGGGUUCAAAUAAUAAUGCUGGAUUCUGGCAAAAUAAACGCUGCAAAUGUGGGAAAAAAGCAGCAGUGUACAUAUCAGAAUCAGAGAAAAAUCCGGGGAGGUUGUAUUUCAAGUGUGUAGAUAAGAUUUGUGAUUACUAUGUGCGAAGAGUGGUUCCUUCUAGGAAUGCAUCAAAUAUUCAGAGGAGAAGUAAAGCUAUUCAUAUAAAGAAUGAAGAUGAAAGAGGGUAUGAUUAUGAUUUUGAGAAAAACAAUGUAACCACUGCAUGUAGAACUUGUAUUUGGAUUGUGAAACUUACACUAUGGGUUUUUAUAUGUGCAUAUUUCUAA